GUGUGAACAGGAAGUAGCGUUGAUCCACCCUUGGCUUUCUGGGACUUGCAGUUCGCCGUGGGCGUGGCGAAGACGGAAGACGCUAGAUGCAAUCCGGGACCCUGCGCUUCUGGGUAUUAGAUUCACGUGGGAAAUGAGCCGUGUUUGGCUGCUGGCACCUCUGCAGAGGGUUGUCGGACGGUGGAGAUGUAGGAGUCCCAGGGAGAGUCUCCGGGCUGGAGACCCGAAAGCCUGAUUGGGCGGCCGUGGGAAGGCGCGCGACAAGGUAUAGCUCUAACUUUCCGGAACUCUGUCUGUCCUGAGAGGAGGGAAUUAUCAAGUUCCGGGCGAGUUGGGGUUUCUUCUCCGAUAGUGCUAUCUCCCUGAGAAUGCACAUUGGAGACCUGUGACCUUGAGGAGAAACUGCCGCUUGCUUGUUAUCACUUUCUCUACUGGUGACCAGUAGAGGAGUCAAGUCAUUCCUGUUGUCCUCAGUUUCCUGAGGAAGGAGUCGGUGGUGCCCCAUCAGCCUCAAGCUUAAGUUGCAGCAAAUUGAAGACAACUAUAUAGUGAAGAACAAACUCCAAAGAAAUCAAUGAAGCACCAUGGUCUUAUAUUCACCAUAUUAUACUGGUGUGUACAUCCUCAGCUGACACCCAGCCCUCUUUGGUGCAUGCAUGUUCUACUUAUAAGAGACACCUCUAAUGACUGUGCUUGGGAUGGAUAUAAUAAGAAUCCAGAUGGUCGAUGGCGUCGACUCUUUUAUUGUGGCUGCCUUUUCAGACAGGAAACUUGAAUGAAAAUUCUGUAGAGACUCCAAGAAAAAGGACUUUGGGAUCUAUUACAUAAAGACCAUUCCUGAUGGCUGAUUUGAAGGGAUGCCAGUACAAUAAGUGCAGAGUCUUCAGGAGGUGUACAGGAACCCUGAACUAGAUCUUUCCCCUUGUCAAAAUGGGGAGAAGCAUCUUCUCACGUUUCCAGAAAUAAGAGUAGUGUUGUGACCCUUCAAAGUGAUGAUUUCAAAAACAUGGAAAGUGAAGAAUAUUUUUCUUUGAAAGUUCCAAGCGAAAUGGCCACACAGGACUCCUCAGUAACAUUUUGUAAGAAUGAGCCCCAGGAUCCUAAGAAAAGCAAAAGUCUCUUUGUAAAUGGAAGAAACACUAAGAGAAAAGUGUUAAGAGGGAAAAGCCCCCUUCCCAUAAACAAUUGUUCAGAGACCCUUCAUAUUAAAUUUGUGUCUAAUGUAAUAGAACUGGCCUCACCAUUGUUCAGUGGGGAAGUAAUUUGCCAGAAUAGCCUUUUAAAAGAAUCCUUGGAUCCCUUAGACAGUAACUGUAACAACAUUUGUGGUUGGGAAUCCAGAGUGGUCAGUCAUCAGAGAGCUCAUGCAGAGGAGCAUCCCUGUAACCAUUAUGACUCCGGCAAAAUACCUAAAAUCAGCUUAAAGAGUCCUCCAUGUGAGAAUAUCCACAUUGCAGAGAAACAAUACCAAUGCAGUUGGUGUGGUAAGGACUUCAGUGAGAGCUCAGAACUACUACUACAUCAGAGAAACCACACAGAAGAAAAGCUGUACAAGUGUGAGCAGUGUGGGAAGGGCUUUGCAAGGAGCUCGAGCCUCCUUAUCCAUCAAGCAAUCCACACUGAUGAGAAACCUUAUAAGUGUGACAAGUGUGGGAAGGGCUUCACAAGGAGUUCAAGUCUGCUCAUUCAUCACGCAGUCCAUACAGGCGAGAAACCUUAUAAAUGUGACAAGUGUGGGAAGGGCUUUAGUCAGGGCUCCAAACUGCAUAUCCACCAGCGAGUACACACAGGUGAGAAGCCCUAUGAGUGUGGGGAGUGUGGAAUGAGCUUCAGUCAGCGCUCUAACCUGCACAUCCACCAGCGAGUCCACACAGGAGAGAGGCCCUACAAAUGUGGAGAGUGUGGGAAGGGCUUUAGUCAAAGUUCAAACCUUCAUAUUCAUCGGUGCAUACACACGGGGGAAAAACCUUACCAAUGCUAUGAGUGUGGGAAGGGCUUCAGCCAAAGCUCAGAUCUCCGCAUCCAUCUCAGAGUCCACACUGGGGAGAAGCCCUAUCACUGUGGCAAGUGUGGGAAGGGAUUUAGCCAGAGCUCCAAACUCCUCAUCCACCAGAGAGUACAUACUGGAGAAAAGCCGUAUGAGUGCAGCAAGUGUGGGAAGGGCUUCAGUCAGAGCUCCAACCUCCACAUCCACCAGCGGGUUCACAGGAAAGAUCCCUGUUAAAGAGCUCUUUGAUUACAUUCUUGUACUCUAAAGACUUAAGUAUUUUUAACAUCACUCUUCCCUCUAUAUUCAAUGAAGGAGAGAGACAAUGAGUUAUUAAGCUAGGUUCCCUCACUGAAAAUCAUUCAUUCAUUUAAAGUAUUUAAGUGCCAAAAACUUUUGUUAUGCUAUACAAUGAACUGCUUGUUCUAGUUCCUUAGAUGGGUAGAGCGAAAACAUCUGCACUCUGUAGUUCAGCCAGUGUUAGAACUAUAUUCCCUACCCAGCAUUUAUAAAGCUAGAACUUUACAUUUAUCUAAGCACAGCAUGUUUCCUUUGUUUACAGUCUCUGAGAAAAUGGAACACUGAUUUACCUUCAAAACAUCUACCUAGUGUUUUUCACAUUUCUUUCCAGCCCUGAGUACCCCUGAGUAACCUAUAAUUGUAUAAUAUGUUGGUUUUAAGCCAAGGGGUAGUUGGA